AUGAGGCUCAGAGACUGCUGUACUGCGAGGUGAUGCUGGAGAACUUUGCACUUGUAGCAUCUGUUGCUUCUGGCUCCCUUCCCCUCUGUGGUCUCCCAGCAUCAGCUGUUCCUCUGCACUGGUUCCUCUGGCAUAUGUUCCAGCAUUGACCUCUGCAUAUGUUAUGAGGUGUGCAUGUGUCAUUAGCAAGUGCAUAGACACCAGCUUCUCACUUCCUGAAUUUUACUGGGGGUAAAACAUAACCAACCUUCUGGACAGCUUGCCCAUUUCACCCUUAGACAAGCCCUUCUGAAUGCUUUCAGCAGAAGAAUUAGUUGGAGAUGCUGUUUCUAUUCCAUGUGGUUGCCUGCCAUGUCUGUGUCCUUUUCCUGGGGAGGUCUCCCCUAUUUUGUGAUCUUCAGAAGCCCAGUACUGCACAGCAGCACGUUAUUCAACCUACCUCCAGGGCUCUAUUUUCAGAUGAUCUCACGAAACCAAAAACCAAGAUCCCAUGAAACCAACAUACGGAGUCUGACAAACCUUAGUAAUGGGACUUGCUCCUCCCACUACAGCCAACACCGUUACCUCAGCAUUUCUUUGCUUUCAGGUUGUUGGCAUAAAAGUGAAGAUGAGACCUCUUCCAAGCAGAGUGUAUCUGUAACAGCAGAGUCACAGGUCAAGGCUUCUAAGACAGCUCUACCAACCCAGAAGACCCAUCUUUGUGACCGGUGUGUCUCAGUCUUAAAAGCUAUUCUGCACCUGACUGAGUCACAAGCAGCAGACUUUGAGCAGAAAGCCUUCAGUGAUGCGUGUGUGAGAGACUCCUGUUUCAGCGCAAACCCUCACCAGCAACAGAGAGAAGCCAGUGGAGAGAAGCCUUGGAACGAAGCUGUGGACUGGGCCUCGUUGCUGACCAGGUGCAGCUUCUAUGCAUCACAGAAGCCUUUCACGUAUAGGGAGGUAGAGGAGGAUUUCCCAGCCAUCGCAGGCCUUCUUCAGCACCAGGACACUCUUCAUACUGAGGAGCCACACAGUGGCCCUGAGAGUGGGCAGGCCGUUCUUAGUGGAAAACAUCAUCACGAGUGGGGUGAGUGUAAAAUGGCUGCCUUCCACAACCAGAACCUUGUUCAACAGCAGAGCGUCUGCCCUGGAAAAGGGCGUUUUGAGUGUCGCAAAUGUGGGAAGGCCUUAGGAGACUUCACAGGUCAUAGGAGACUUCACACUGGACAGAAGCCUUAUGAGUGUGGUGAUUGUCCGAAAUCCUUUAGCCAAAGCUCUAGCUUCAUUCAGUACAACAGAGUUCACACUGGAGAAAAGUCAUAUGAGUGUAGUGAUUGUGGGAUGUCCUUCAGCCAUAGGUCUAAGCUCAUUGAACACCGGAGAGGUCACACAGGUGAAAGGCCUUAUGAGUGUCGUGAAUGUGGGAAGUUUUUUAGACGCAAAGAUUACCUCCAUAACCACGAGAGAGUUCACACCGGAGACAAGCCGUAUGAAUGUAGUGAUUGUGGGAGAUGCUUUCGCUAUCAAAAUGGACUCAUUCAACAUGAGAGAAUUCACACUGGAGAAAAGCCAUAUGAGUGUAACUAUUGUGGAAAGUCCUUCAGCCAGAGCUCAACACUCCUUGAACACCACCGAGGUCACACUGGGGAAAAGCCUUAUGAGUGUAGUGUUUGUGGGACAUCUUUCAGCAGAAGGUCUGCCUUCACUCGACAUCAAAGAAUUCACACUGGAGAAAAGCCAUAUGAGUGUAGUGAUUGUGGGAAAUGCUUUAGAUAUAACAGUGGACUCGUUCAACAUCAGAAAAUUCACACUGGAGAAAAGCCAUAUGAAUGUAGUGAUUGUGGAAUGUUCUUCAGCAUUAGGUCUAAGCUCAUGGAACAUCACAAAGGUCACACUGGAGAAAAGCCUUAUGAGUGUAGUGAAUGUGGGAAGUUUUUUAGACGCAAAGCUAACCUCCGUAUUCACCAGAGAGUUCACACUGGAGAAAAGCCUUAUAAGUGCAGUGCAUGUGGGAAAACCUUUGGACAAAGCAAUAUCCUCCUCCAACAUAUGAAAGUUCACACAGGAGAAAAGCCAUAUCAGUGUACUGAUUGUGGGAAGUCCUUCAGCCGUAAUUCUAUCCUCAUUGAUCACCAGCGAUGUCACACUGGAGAAAAGCCUUUUGAGUGCAGUAUUUGUGGGAAAUGCUUUAGACUACGCAGCAGUCUUAGUUAUCACCAUCACGUUCAUUCUGGAAAAAAAGCCUUAUGACUGGUGAAUGUGGGAAUUCCUAUAGCAAUACUUGUGGCCUUGUUCUUCACCAGAUAGUUCACACCGGAGAAAAACCAUAUGGAUGUUGUGAUUGUGGAAAAUGCUUUAGUUAUAAACAUAGACUCAUUCAACAUCAAAGCACUCACAGUGAAGAAAAGCCAUAUGAGUAUAGUUAUUGUCGAAAGUCAUUCACAGAAAGGUCUCAGCUCAGUAAACACCGCAAAGGUCACACUGGUGAAAGGCCUUAUGUGUGUAGUGUUUGUGGGAAGUCCUUCGUGACAACCUCUCUCCUCAUUGAACACCAGCGAUGUCACACUCGAGAAAAGCCGUGUGAGUGUAGUGAAUGUGGGAAGUUUUUUUUUUUUUAAAUAUAUAAUUUUAUUGAUUUUAGGGAGGAA